AUGGGAAUUUUAGGACUUUCUAAACUUAUUGCUGAUGCUGCACCUCAUGCUAUUAAAGAAAGCGAAAUCAAAAGUUAUUUUGGCAGGAAAGUGGCUAUUGAUGCUUCCAUGUCUUUGUAUCAAUUUCUUAUUGCUGUAAGGAGUGAAGGUCAACAGCUGGUAUCAGCUGAUGGAGAAACUACUAGUCAUUUAAUGGGUACAUUCUAUCGCACAAUAAGGUUAAUAGAAAAUGGAAUUAAACCAGUUUUUGUAUUUGAUGGAAAACCUCCUCAGUUAAAAUCAGGCGAACUUGAAAAGAGAGCGGAAAGGCGUGAAGAAGCACAAAAAGAACUGGAUAAAGCAACAGAAGCUGGUGAUGCAACUUUAAUGGAUAAGUUUAAUAGGCGUCUUGUAAAAGUUGAAAAGAAACAUGCUAAUGAAUGUAAGGAGCUGUUAAAAUUGAUGGGGGUUCCCUAUGUUGAGGCACCCUGUGAAGCAGAAGCUCAAUGUGCUGCGUUAGUUCGUGCUGGUAAAGUUUUUGCUUCAGCCACUGAAGAUAUGGAUGCUCUUACCUUUGGAACAUCGGUACUUUUGAGACAUUUAACUUUCUCUGAAGCCCGAAAAAUGCCUAUUCAAGAAUUCCAUUUAGAUAAAGUACUUGAAGGUCUAGGAAUGAAUCAAGCCGAGUUUAUAGAUCUGUGCAUACUUCUUGGGUGUGAUUACUGUCCAUCGAUUAGAGGAGUUGGCCCUAAAAGAGCUAUUGAACUACUGCAAAAGCACAAAACUAUUGAAAAUUUGUUGGAAAAACUUGAUAAAUCUAAGUAUCAAAUUCCAGAAGAUUGGGGUUAUCAGGAAGCUAGAAAAUUAUUUUUAAACCCUGAGGUUGCAGAUCCAAAUACAAUAGAAUUGAAAUGGGGAGAACCAGACGAAAAUGGCCUUGUAGAAUAUCUAUGUGGUGAUAGAAACUUCAGUGAAGAGAGAGUUAGAAAUGGUGCAAAGAAAUUGGCCAAAGCAAAGGGAGGUUCAACACAAGGAAGAUUGGAUGGAUUUUUUACCGUUUUGUCAACAACACCAGCAAAAAGAAAAGCUGAAGACAAAAAAAAGAACCCUGCAAAGAAAUCAAAAGGAAAUUCUAGCUUCAAAGGGAAGCCUAAAUAA